AUGGCGGGACGUAUUCUUCCAGUCGCGUUGGCAACUAUUGUUGGUGUGUCAAUUGGUGUGGCUACCUUUGAUGGAGAGUUCAAAAAACAGCGAAUCGCACGGAUGGAGGAGGAGUACAAACGGUACGCAGAGUCCACAGGUGCUUUCGUCACUUUCACUAACGUUCGUGUCAGGGAACUCGCCGCUGCAAAUGCUUCCAGCACCCCGAAUCCCAUCCCCGUAGCAUCGAGUGCUGUAGCACCCCCACCUUCCGCACAAGUACAGGCUCAGAAAGAGGAAGCUGUGGCCUCCGCUCCUGCCGACAACUCGUGGUCAAACGUGCUUGGGCUCUGGGCAUGGAAGAAGGACAACAAGACGGAAGCCGCGCCUGCGACUGCAACGAGUAGUGUGGAGAAUCCCAAAAGCAAGCCUUGA